ACGAGAAGGCUUCCUCCCAAAGCCUUCCAAGCCAGACACGCGGCCGCCGCAGCCGAGAUGGCCGCCGGAGAUGCCACCCACGCGCCCCCGGCCGCGGAGGCGCAGUCUCUGGUGGAGUCGUUCUGCGCCGUCACCUCGGCGACCCCCGACGAGGCGGCCUUCUUCCUCGAGGGCCACAACUGGGCCCUCGAGGCCGCCGUUCGCUCCUUCUACGACAACACGGAGGUCGACGCCGAUGGCCCCGAUCCGGCACCCCAGCCCCCACCACCGGUUCCAGCCGCUGUCGAUGGCGCGGACUCCGAGGACGAGGACUACGUGGGCGGCGGCGACAAGGAUGAGGACGACGAGGACUACGUGGGCGGCGGCGACGAGGACGACGACGAGGAUGCCGCCCUCGCCGCUGCGUCUGCGGCGGCAGAUGAGCGGAGGAGGAGGCCCGCGAAGAGGCAGAAGAGGAGCCACCAAGCGCGGGGCGGGAGCGGGGGUGCGAGUGGGAGGGGGACUGUGAGGACGCUCUCCGAUCUCGGAGGUGGCAAGGGGCGCGCGGGGUCGGACGAAGGCGAGGACUCGGACGACGACGAGUGGGCGCCACCCCCUGAGUUGUACACCGGCGGCGAGAGGAGCGGAAUGGUUGUUAGAGAUCGAUCCAAACGCAAAAAUGUUGCGGAUGAGGUUUUUAAGCAAGCUAAGAGGAAGGGAGCUAAGCAAGGCCCAGCUCGCCGGCAAUCUUCUAGUUCAAGGAGCUUUCCUGGGGCUAGCAGACUUCUAACAGGUGAAACUGUACAGCCUGACGCACCACAGCCACCAGAGGAAAUUGUUCACAACAUCUACUUCUGGAGCGAUGGGUUCACAGUAGACGACGGUCCACUCAGAAGUUUCAACGACCCAGAGCAUGCAUCCUUUUUAGAGAGCAUCAUGAAGUCUGAAUGCCCAACUGAGCUUGCGCCGGCUGAUGGGAGGUCUAAGGUGAACGUAAAUCUUAUCCGUAAAGAAGAAAAAUGUCCUGAGUCACUCAAGCGCCCGGCCCCGUUUCAAGGAGGGGGGAGAAUUCUCGCGGCACCUUCUGAAAACUCUGCUCCUUCGGAUAUCACCCCCGCGGCUGCUGCUUCUAGCACUGCGACCACCACCGUGCCCAAGACUAUCACAGUGGAUGAUUCUCUGCCGUCAACCUCUCUCCAGAUCAGGUUUGUAGACGGCAGCCGUGUGGUUGCGCGCUUCAACACAAGCCACACGAUCAGCGACGUGCGGGCAUUCAUCAACACAACAAGGCCAGGAGAAACAAGCGACUACACCCUGCAGGUCGGGUUCCCCCCUAAGCCGCUCGACGACGCGACCAAGACCAUUGAGGAAGCCGGCGUUGCCAACUCGGUGAUCAUCCAGAGAGUCUAAUCUCAACAGGUUGUUGACCCCACGUCAUCGAACACACCAUCCAUCCGUCCCAAUCGUGCACAUUUCCUUGCCCUUUUGUCCGUCCCUGAGCUCUCUUGGAUUUUAGCCUUUGAGCCUUCCAUGGCCGCACUUCACUAGCCGCCCCUCGGGUAUUAAGAUUUGUAAAAAUCGGCGAGAUCUGGGUACCCGUCCGUCUUAUUCAUCCUGCUAUAGCGUAAGUAUACUUGGCUUGCA